AUGAGUCGGAACUUUGCGAGGGGCCUCCACAAGGCCUCUGCUUCUUUGAUGCAAUUCACUGGAGCUCCUCUCGAAGAGAUGGUAAUCACCAAUGGCACCAUAGAUGGCCCUGUAUGGAUCGAUACAACGAAUUCUGUGUGCAAUUCAAUUGGGAAAUCUGUUCCAGAGAUCACUACGGCAGAAAUACAAGCCUCCAAGGCUCACUUUUCUUCUAACGAUAGAGAAGAUCAAAGCCUUGUUGUCACAGUGGGACUGAAGACUAAUGCAGGAACUCAUAUUGGUACAAUCCAUAUCCACCAGGACAAGACGUGGAAAUUCCUCGCUUCUCGUGAAGGGAGAGAGGAUCUUCAACUGAAGAACUUGCUUCUUCCCACGCCUAAGCCAAAGGCGCUUUUCGAAUUUGAGGAAGAGGAGCUAAGAAUGCCAACAGCCCGAAAGGUGCUUCAAGACCGUACUAUUUACAAAUCGUCCCGCUUCCCUCCUGGAGACGGACUGCCACUUCUCAGUGAUUUUGGCGAAGCUCGACUUGGCGAUGAGGAGCAUAACGAAGACAUUAUGCCAGAUCCUUACGAGGCGCCUGAAGUGAUUCUAAGAGCAAACUGGGACUAUAAAGUUGAUAUCUGGAGUGUCGCUAUGGUUGCGUGGGACAUUGACCCACCGCCUGAGUUCCAUGAACGAAGUCAUCUCAGUUCUGUUUUCUGGGAAAACACCGGCACCUGGAAAGGAUUAGCCCCGGUUCCUGAUACUACCUUAGAAUCUUUGGCUAUCGAUAUCAGGGGCGAAGACAAAGAUGGGUUUCUGCGGUGGAUUCGACGGGCUUUGCAAUGGAAUCCUUCUGACCGACCGACAGCUCUGGGGCUUUUGUAUGAUGAGUGGUUGAUGAAGGGGCUUGAAUUAGGGAAACGAAAAGGGACCACCAAAUCUUGA